AGUUCUACAAUGACAAACUCUAGCAUUCAUACACUGAGGGACUGAAGUCUGAGGAGGGCUGAAAUUACAUAUGGUUAUUAGAGAGGAAAGAAAAAGUCAGUCCCAUCAGACAAAAAAAAACUAGAACAAGCCCUUGGGGGAGUCCCUCCCUUGAAUUUGUGCUAGGUGGAGUAACUAUAUGCUCGGACAUAAGACCAAGACGAUGGUAGAGGGUUGGUAAAGAUGGCGGCGCUCUCCGUAGAUGGGAGGUAUGGACUGAAUUGUGGCCGACGGAAUACAGACCAAGUCACCGUAUUGCACGUAAAAUUGACAGAGACAGCUUUCAGAGCUUUAGAAAGGUACCAAACCUCUAAGAAUGUAACGUCCUUGCGGCCAACAAUGCAAUUCAAGGGACUCCAAGGGCGUAUUAAGAUCCCAAGGACUGACUCUCCAGAUGGAUCUCAGAACUUUGACUUCUACCUGUCCAACGUGGGCAAGGACAACCCUCAGGGAAGCUUUGAGUGCAUCCAACAAUAUGUGUCCAGUUCGGGAACCCCCCACCUGGUGUCCUUGGGGGUGGUUCAAGACAAAGUCACGUUGUGUGCCACUAACGACUCCUACCAGGUGACUCGGGAGCGCAUGACGCUGGCCGAGGAGGAUGGGACCAAAGUCCUCAAGCCUGGAGGCCAGUUCAAAGGUAAGAAAGUCCAGAUCCGCAAGCCAGCGCCGUCAGGCUCUGAACCAGUCGCAGAGCGCAAACGCUCCACCCCUAUCAACCCAGCCAAGACCAUCCGCAAGUGCCUUGCCAACAACCCGGUUUCCCAGCGCCCAUACCGUGACCGCCUUGUCCACCUGCUGGCGUUGCGCUCCUACAAGAAGCUGGAGCUACUGGCCAGGCUGCAGCGGGACGGGGUCAGUCAGAAGGACCGCAGCUCUCUUGGGAGCACCCUGCAACAAGUGGCCAACCUGAACCCCAAAGAUAACUCGUACACUCUGAAGGACUUUGUGUACCGUGAGGUGCAGAGGGACUGGCCGGGCUACUCUGAGGAUGACCGCGUUCAGGUCAAUGGGAUUCUGGCCCGGAAACUGGGCCUUCCCACUGAGCCGCUUUCCUCCAGCAGUCCUCCUAAAGAUGGCUUCCCAGGCUCCCCACAGAAGUGCCAGCCCGAGUUACCAAGUCACUUCACUGACCCCUUGAUGCCCAAGAAGCCCCGCAUUUCCCAUGUCACCAGCCAAGGGCCACCCGCCGCCCCCACCUCAUCCUCUAGAGAGCGUCGCAGCGCCACGAAGGGGGACAACAGCCACCACAGCGCCGCUGCCACCCCCAAACGCUCAUCUCUCCCAGCCAGGCCCACCACGGCUGGCCCGCCCCUCAACCACCACCCCCCUCCCUCCCAGCUGUCCAUUUCUCACCGCCGUCGUCUGUCUCAUCACCCUGGCCUGGGCUCCAACUCCAACUCGCCCAGCACGCCUGAGGGCCGUGGCACCCAGGACCUGCCCCUUGACCAGAGCUCAACCUGCCUGGACCCCUCCUCCUCACCGAUAGCCACCCCCAGCCCCCCAGGCAGGACCGCCGACCGCUAUGGCUCCGGCAUGCCGCCACCAGCCAGCUCCAGCCACCCAGCCCUCACCAUCUCCUCUUCAUCAUCCUCUUCCUCUACCAUUAUCCCCCCUCCCUCUCCCAGCAGAAGCAAGAAGUCAAAGAAGCACAAAGAGAAGGGCAGAGAGAAGGAGCGGUGUAGGGAGGGGCGCAGCAACACAUGCAAUGGCGUCAGCCCCCCAGAGGUACAGGUUGAGGACGGCCAAAGGCCCAGGAAGAGACACCGCGCCAAGGGGGAGGAAAGGCGAAGGCCAGUCAUUCCCGCCAAAAGCCCAGUCUGCUCGGACGAAGACAAAAAGAGGCCAGUCCACUCCACAGACUCCUCCCCCACUGUGAUGCCAGAUUACAUAUGUAAGUACAUGACAGUGGUGUCCAUUGACCAGAGGCAGACUUACAAGGACAACUUCAACGCCGAGUAUGAGGAGUACCGUAUCCUGCAUGCCCGUGUGGAGAAGAUCACACGCCACUUCACCCAGCUAGACGCUCGGUGCAGGAGGCUGCCGCCUGGCACCAAAGAGUACCAGGAGGUACAUGAAGACGUGGUGAAAGAGUACAGCAAAGUGAGACUACACAGCCCAAACUACCAGGUGGAGAAGCAGCGCUGCGAGUACCUGCACAACAAGCUGGCCCACAUCAAGCGCCUCAUCGCUGACUUUGACCAGCGCAGUUCCCAGUCCUGGAGCUAGAGCACCAGUUUCAAGACCACACAGUUUUAAGGUGGUUUAAGGGGUGUGCGGACCAAGGGGGUUCCAACUGGCUUUUAUUUAUUCAGACCCCCCUGUCUCUGCUCCCCCCCCCCUUCUCGUAAUGGUUUCUCCUGAAGCUCCUCUUCAAUUCUACAACACUGGUCUAGAGGAAGGGAACUACAUGCGUGUGGGGGGUAGGGGGUAUACUUAAUACUUCUAGCCUAUGAAGGACUUUAUCCAAAAAAUGCAACUUAUUUUUGAAAGCAGAGAAAAUAUUAUACUUGUAUUUAAGUAAAAAAAAAAAAAAGAGGGAGAUGUAUUUAUUUUGGACUGUUCAGAUGUGUGUGUGGUCCACACAUGAUUUAUUGUUUAAAAAGUUUAUAUUUUCCGAAAGCAAUGCAAAAAAACAUGGGCCUUAUGUGUUUGACUUUCUGAAGCCAUUUUGCACACGAGGAGAUCCCGAGUGGCGCAGCGGUCUAAGACACUGCAUCUCAGUGCUAGAGGCGUCAAUACAGACACCCUGGUUCAAAUCUAGGCUGUAUUGCAACCGGCCGUGAUUGAGAGUCCCAUAGGGCGGCGCACAAUUGGCCCAGCGUCGUCCGGGUUUGGCCGGUGUAAGCCGUCAUUGUAAAUAAGAAUUUGCUAUUAACUGACUUGCCUAGUUAAAAAAAAAAAAAUCCAAUGUAUCAUCCCAAUUGUCAGAAGUUGCUUAUCAUCCCCUCACCCUCUUCCUUCAUGAUGAAGUAGAUGGAGAGGAAUCCACUUUAGACCAUUGAGACGCAACACCAAUAUGUGUGUAUGGGUUAUAAGGGCCAUGGGGGGGUUAAAUUUAGGAGUAUCGUCCCCUGAUAGCAGGGGGGUGCUACCCUGUGCAACAUCAGUGUUUCUGCUCUCUGUGCAAAAGGGUGCCUUAAGGUGUUAGUUUACAUGGGAGAAUUACAACCACCUGGCUACAGGUCUCACACACACCAGCAUGAAGUGUGUGUGUCUGUCUGGGAGGGGGGGGGGUGUCAAAGAGGAAAUACUAAGGUCAGGGAGGUUUGUGGGUGAAUGUGUAAAAUGGGGGGAGUAAGAGAUUGGGGGGGGGACACGUGGGGAGGUGAGAAAAUAGCAAGGUUUCCAUCUAAUUCAUGACCGAUUUUUAAUGCAAAUAUUCUAAAAUCGUCAUUUUCCCACUAGACAUGUUGCGGAUAAAAGUGAGGACGUAGAGCACAUUAAAAAAAAUACAAGUUAAAUUGGUUUUCAUCGCAUUUUCAACUACUGAUGGUUUUGUCAGAGAAAUGUUGCAUUUAUAUAGUGAAUGUGCCCAGUGGCAUGUGCGCUCUAGCCAACAGCUCGCAGGUACAGUGCUAGUAGGCUACCUACAUGAGAGCGAUUUUAUUAUUUUUAUUUGUCAAACGGCAGCCAAGCAUCGAUCAUUAUGUUACUAGAAUAAGACCCUCAAUAUUUAUUGGGAAAGAGCAUCAAGCUCAUCACUGCACUUUCACCACCCUGUGAAGUAAAUACCUUAUUUAAUCUGUAGCAUAAACUGUAUGCUUUGCCGAGGUGUAGUGGGAGGACCACAUGAUAUGAUUGCGUGACUCCCAGGUUUACAUUGACAUGAUGGUUAUUAUAUCAAUAUUUGUGCAUAAAGGCAACCGCCAUUUCUCGCACCAUUAAUUUUAUUGAACCAAAAAGAUCCCACCUUGUCUAGCGUAUUUUGUUUUGUUGACAUUUGGAAAGUUGACCGACAAAUACGUUGUGGGAUAGAAAACAGGUUAAUGAAAAAGGGGACAAAAAGCUGCUGUAGCCUUUUUAUUUAUUUUUUUGACUAGCCAGAGCACUCAGGAUCAACCUGGCUAAAGUUAGUGUUCUUAAUUGGGGGGCUGUUCUAGAGUAGCUAAUCUCUGGAAGGACUAGAGCGUUGCCUCACCAGUUUAUUUAAAGGAAAACAGGCUGUUCUGUUUGAUAAAUGAAUGCAUCUACCAGAGGACAAAUCUGUAUUACGAAGACAAAUGUAUUAUUUUCUCCUUGAUUCCAGUUUUGUCAGUGCAGCAGAACUAUGGAAGAAGUGCGAAUAGCAUUUCUGUUUUAGUUUUUGAAUUCAACUCAUGCUGAUUUAGUUUGACAGACAUGAAUGCAUGGGAUUGAGGGUGAAAAUCAACAUCUUUAUUUCAUGAUAUCAUUAAUAAACAAGGUCUUGAGCUCAAGGGAAAUAUUAUGUUUACAAACCUGUGUUAGAAUGUUUGUCCCCCAAAAAUGAAAUGCUGUUCUGGUAUAUAUCUACAUACUGGUUCGGUCUUUAUUUAUGAGACACUGAUACUGGAGACAGGAUAUAAAAUGUGUUCCCUGGAAGAUGACAUUUUAUGUUUUGGGGUAGCGUUCUAGUACUUAUAUGAAAUGUGAACUUUUUUUCUCUCUGCUUUCCAAGUGGGGGGGAAAGGAACAAAACCAAAAUUGUAAGUAAGAAACUGAACAUUAUGCACUCUUGCUACAGUAUGAUAUAAGGUCUGAUAGUACUGUCGUAAUAUGAUUGGGGCUUCUGUUGGAUGGGUCUCUGCAGCAGACGUAGUGUCACUUUUUGAAACGGGAAGGCCCUCUUCAGUCACAAUUCAAACUAUAUUCCAGUGUUACUACAUUUCAGUUUGAAAGUCAAGCUCUGCAAGGACCAUGAGCUCAACAUGCUUUAGAGGGAUUUGUAGACAUGAAAAAUACUUAUUUGGAGAUCUCUGAAGCAUCUUGACACUCAUGAGUCCCAGCAGACUACUACAGUACAGGGUCCACUCCCAGCAAAAUGGUGACUUUGUUGGAGCUUCACUCAAAUAACUUGAGUGAACGGCUCGGUUUUCUUUUUUGAAUUUUUAAUGCUGGGCUACACACAAGUCCCAUGGUCUAGUCCGUCUCACUGCUUCCUCCUCUUAAAGACGGCUCAGAAAACGCAGCAGCGUUGCUACUAACAGUGCGUUUGCACUAGGAAGCGGCAUUGCGUGUGGAAACAUUGGAAGCCAUUCACUCUCAAUGGAAGGAAAGCAAGAGAAGCUUAGUGGGCAGGGGGACCGAGCUAUAAAGGGUGGUACUGAAGUUGGGGAAAGCUGAACUUCUAUUCUAAUUCUCUGCAAUAUCGUGACACAUAAUGACCAAUCGAAGCGUACCGUAGCUUCCAAACCCUACUGGAUUGGCUGACAAUGGCUGUUUUAUACAUUGCACGAACUAGCUUGCUUGUUAGCACCCACAUGAGGGUGAGGCUAGCGUGGCCAGGCGCUAAUCGUUCUCAUGACGGCUUGGGGAGAGGCUGUCCUCUCCGCGACCCUGCAGGCUAAUACCAGCAUCAGCCAAUUGACUGGUCAAAGGACAUUCAUUUGAUGGGGGUCUUAGCAGACUGCCAUGUUAAGUGACUCAUCAGAACUGCUGGAAGGACGGAGGGAGCAGAAGCGGAUGAUUUUUUUUUGGGGGGGGCGGGGUUUAGCAGUCUUACUGAGAAGUUGAAAAGGGCAAACAAGUGUUUUAAAAGACAUCUCAAUGUUUUGGUGUGAAUGAUGACUCAGAACUGUAUGGAUUGUGAAGGAGUACUGAACCUGCCCACCUGAAAAAUGCAUUAAAUCUGUAAAAUAAAAGUCAACUUGGCUUUA